UUUGCAGUAAUUUUUGCUGGUGCACAAAAAAAUAUUGGCCCCGCUGGUGUUACAUUAGUAAUCGUACGAAAUGAUAUACUUGGUCGUGCUAUGAAUGUGUGUCCGACAGUGCUAAAUUUUUCUAUCAUGGCGAAUGAUAAUUCUUUGCACAAUACUCCUCCUGUUUUUCAAAUUUAUGUGAUGGGUUUAGUAUUUGAAUGGAUCAAACAGAAUGGAGGAGUCGAAGGUAUGCAAAAUUCUGCCAGAAACAAGAGUAACAAAAUAUAUAAUGUGAUUGAUGGAUCAGAAGGAUUUUAUGUGUGUCCUGUAAAGUCAGAUGUACGUAGUAAAAUGAAUAUUCCAUUCAGAAUAGAAAAUGGUGACGAGGAAUUGGAAAAGAAGUUUCUUUUAGGUGCUACAGCUCGCAGUAUGUUGCAGUUAAAAGGUCACAGAUUAGUGGGUGGAAUACGCGCAUCUUUAUAUAAUGCAAUCACGGAAGAAGAAGCGGAAAUAUUGGCCAAUUAUAUGAAGUGGUUUUACGACAAACAUUGCAAAAAAGUUGAAAAAUAAUUGAAAAAACUGACAAAAAUUAAAAAAUAUUUUGAACUUAUUAUUAAGAGUUAUGUUAUUUGUGAAUAUGCAUUUGCAUUGGAUUUUUAAAUUACUUUUCAAUAAAGCGUAUUGGAUUUGUCUACAUA